AUGCGCAGCGAGGAGCCUGCUGCCAGUGACGCAGACGAGGAGGCGCUGCGAGGCUUGCGCUCCGAGCUCGCCAAGCGCGUCGCCGACCGGGAGGUCCCCAACCUCGGCCUGCUUCUUUCGCGGCGCGGCAGGAUUGUGCUGGACGCCGCGGUGGGAGAGGCAUCUGUAGGGCGGCCGCUCUCAUCAGACUCGAUCUUGCGGCUCUACUCGAUGUCCAAGCCGCUGACGGCCGCCGGGGCCCUCAUUCUAGUCGAGCAAGGCAAGCUGUCGCUCGAGGGCAAGGUCUCAGACUAUCUGUCCUGCUGGGACGACGGCAAGGUGACCGUCAAGGCCGGCGAUCAUCACGUGCCCGCGGCGCGCGCCAUCACGAUCCGGGACCUGCUUUGCCACACGGCCGGCAUCGCCGACUACGACGAAGUCGCGGCUCAGGGAGCGCACUUGCUGCCCCUGUCGAGCGAUGCCGCGGGCGCGAUGCCACCGACGGUGACAUCACUGCACGAGUUUGCGACGCGGCUGAAUGCGUUGCCCCUCGUGCAUCAGCCCGGGAGCGCCUUCUCCUACUCCAUGUCGAUCGAGCUCCUCGGCGGUGUCCUCGAGGAGGUGAGCGGCCAGGCGCUCGGCCGCUUCCUCGAGGCGUCCCUCUUCGAGCCGCUCGGAAUGCCCGACACGGGGUUCGAAAUUCCCGAGCACGCCCUCGGACGGUUCACCCGAUGCUACCGCGGCACGGGCCCCAACCGCUUCGAGGACGACGCCAUGGUCGGCGCCUGCGACGCAUCGACGCCGUGGCUGCGCGGCAAGCCGCAGGGCCAGAGACCGAGCGGCGGAGGCGGGCUCCUCUCGACCGCUCGCGACUUUCUCCGCUUUGCAGAGUGGCUGGCGACGGACGGGCGGCUGGAUGGAGUGCCGGCGCUGCUGAGCCGCGAGAGCAUGGCGGCGCUGAGGUCCGACCAGCUCCGCGGCAUGGGCGCCGGCGCGGGACCCUGCUUUGACCCGUUCCAGAGCUUUGGCUUGCUCGGCGGAGUGGUCUGCUCUCCGGGCGAGGGCGGGGACUACCUCCCCGCCGGUGCCGCGUCGGGGAUGGGCGCGACGGGCUGGGGAGGCGUCGCGGGCACCUUCUUCGCGGCCGACCCGGAGCACGGCCUCGCGCUGGUCCUCUACACGCAGGAGGUGAAUUACUUCCUCUCCUCGCAAUCGCUGCGGCUCUCGCUGUGCAAGCAGGCGCACGGCGUCUUCCCCGACUUGAGGCAGCGGCUGGAGGCCAGUCAGGCGCGCGAGGCAUCGAAGCUCAUGCUGCUUCUCGAGACGCUCCACGAGGAGCGGAUUCGGUACGGCAUCACGGCGGAGACGGCCAAGGCGGAUGCCGACUAG